UACAGAUCGGUCACGUGUUAGAGUCGGGAUAGUAUCCUAUUAGGAAAGCAAGUUAAGUCACGGUGCUAUGUAUGUAUGCCUUUGGCUGGCCAAUCUUCUCACUCUGGAAGGGCCAGAUGCCGACGUCGGCGGAACCAGCAACAUCGAUGUGCAAGCUCGAGGGCGCCGCCGGCAACCAGGUCACCGGCCUCGACUACGACGAUGCCCACAUCCUGUCCGCCCAGACUCUUCUCUUCUUCGUCGGCGGCAGGCCCACCACCAUCGACGACGACGACGCACGCCGGCUCAUCCCCGCCAUGGACGCCGCUCUCUCGCGGCGCGCUGACGAUGGCCCCGACGUGGACGCGCUGUGGAUCUCCUUUGUCUACGCCUCGUGUUGCCACGACUACUCCGUAUUAGACACGACCGAUCUCUUGGGCUACUCCUUGAGGCACGACCACGCCGCCGACAUCACCUCGGCGCACCUCUCCGCGUGGCUGCGCUUCGCCGCGCGCCGCGUCACGGGGAUCUUCACGCUCGCGGUGCCCCCGGUGCCGCCCGCGGCGCCGAGCAGGUCAGAGUUAUGCUUGAGGGACGACAACAAGCUCCAGGCCGAGCUCCCCGCCACGACGAGAGCCGAGACGAUGAGCCUGACACUGGCCACGGCCACGCUCACGGUCCCGGGCCCCCGCGCCGGCGCCUUCCACGCGCUCAUCGCCCUAACGCUCAGCCAGAUCACGAUCCGGACCGACGCCGACGAGCACAACCUGGGUCUCCUGCUGUCGUCCUGCUGCAGCCCGCGUCUCCGGCGGCUCCGGCUCGAGCACAUCGACGGGCUCUACGCGCUCCGUCUCGACGCCGCAAGCACGCUCCAGGAGCUCCGGCUGAUGCACCUCAGGCACCUCUCGUCUCUCGAGCUCUACGCGCGGGGCCUCCAGGCGCUGCACCUGGAAGCCUGCUGGUGGUUGUGGUUCGACGGGACGGCUAGGAUCUCGGCGCCGGGGCUGGAGCUUCUGGUCUGCAGCUUCAUGCUGCGCCAUCUGGAGCUCACCGGCUUGGAGUCCGUCCGGCGCCUGGAGCAGCUUCACCUGGUGUCGCACGACGCGCCCGGCGACGACACCGAUUACUGGAAUCAGGCCGCCGUGGGUCUCCUCCAGCGCUGCGCCGCCGCGGAAAGCGUCGGCCUGAUUCUAAGGCCGCCUCCCGUGGAGUGGAACGCCGACAGCGAGGUCCUGAGCCUCCUGCCACCGCUUCCCCACAUCGCAGACUUGACCCUGGACGUGUGGACGUCCAUGCGCAUCGGAAUCAAGGCCCACUGCCUCAGAGGCGGCGUCGCCACGCUCGUCUCGCGGUGCAGCAACGUACAGCGCCUCCAAAUCGCCUUCUCUUACUUGCGGCUCGAUGAGUGCUCGGACCCAAACUGCUUCUGCCACCAGGACCAGGGGGACGAAGGCCCCGUCGACAUGUCGCUGGAGCGACUCCGGUAUGCAAAGAUCACCGGCUUCCGCCCGUGGUUGGACGAUCAGGUCAGCCUCGUGCAGCUGCUCAUCGCGAGCGCGCCGGGGCUCGAGACGAUGACCCUGGAGUUGUGCAACAGUACCGAGGCCAAGGGGGCACCGGAUCUGGACAUCGUGCCUUGCGACAGAGGGCGAUGGUCUCGUGUGUCCGACUCCAAGUCCUGGAUUUACACUUGGAAACCGGAGAUGCAGAGAGUGGAGAAGAAGAGGAGGAGGAGGAGGCGUGCGGAUCGAUCCUGCUAUAGAAUCUCGUCUACAUCGUUGGCCAUCUCUGCUGUUUUACUUUUACUUGCUUUUGUUUUACUUCUAUCUGGCUCCUAUAUAUACAUAUAAAGAAGCCUUUUUUUAACUCCUAAUUUGGCUCAUAUAUAGGAUGACUCCAUGGUUCCAAUCAAGGACCAAAUGAAGAUCCUAAUUUGGCUCCUAAUUAUUAGCCGUACCUUCACUUUCCUCAACUCUUUAUUCAUAAUCUGCAUAUUUGAAUGCACCAAAGUAAGGUACAUUGCAGAGCCUAGAGGGACUCCCUGGACUCCUUCAUUUUCGGGAAAAAAAAUGAUCAUUUGUGAAAAUUCCAGGGAAACUCAUCCGGCCACCCGCGAGUUCCAGCCUUCAGGCCAACAAAGGAUGAUACUCCACUUCGCCUGAGGGUGUUGAGAUUUACAAGCUUCUAAUUGCAGAAUAAAU